AUGAGCUUAAGAAGAAUGAGAAGUGGAGGGGUACAUGCAGAUUCUGAGGAAGAUUAUUUGAAUAAAAUUGGCAAAAUGGAAAAGUAACAAAAAAGAAAAACCUAUGUUUAAGAAACUGAAACAUUUGAAGGUUUUAUAAUGAAUUCUUAAUUUACAUUUGAUUGCUUUGGAGGGAAUCCAAUUUUAAAGACAACUUAACAAUCUCAUUUCAUCCUAAUAAUGAUUGAUGAUUUCAGUUUAAGUCCGAAGAGACUCUUUAAUAUGAUGGAAAACACAGAUAAUUGCGAGACUAUGACGCAAAGUACAAAUGAUGAUUCUAUCGUUUGGAGCUCUUAACCUAUGAAUUAUGACUGCGUAGUACACAAUUACACAAUGGGAUAGGUGAACCAUUUGUUUAAUCUGUGGAUAAUCAAUACACCUGUUAUAAAUUACAUAUUUAAAUGUAUGAAUUUUUAUUUAUUAUUUCCUUAGAGUGUUAUUUUCAAUUAUUUGAAGCCUUUAUCUGUGUAAAUAAUGAAAGGAAUGCUAUUUUUAAGGAAGUCUUUGAAGAAAUGCAAAGUUUUAAUGAUAAGGUCCAGUAAUUUCAUAUAAAAGAAAAUGAUGAAGUAAUAUAAUUUAUAAAGUCUUAUAGGGAUCCCCAAAUCGCAAAUAGAUUAAUAAUCUUUAAUAAAUCUUAAGAAUUUUGAUUGA